AUGACGAGCAAAGCCCAAAAUCUCAACGAUGGCGGCGCGGAAGCACUCCAGGCGCUUCUUCGUUCUCUUGAUCCCACAACAGCAGGAGAGAGCCUGGAAAAUGUCGCAAAACUGUCCAAAAGACUAGCGGAACUUAUUGGGGAUGACGGAGGCCAGAGGAACGAGGAUGGCCAGCUCUUGAACGAUGAGGGUUUGCCGAUUAUCGAGAUAACUGAACAAGUUGACUCUGUUGGAUUGACAACUGCUUUACCUGAACCAGCCCCGUUGUCGCUUCAGCCAUGGGAAGCUGAGCGUCGCCGACGCGAACGUGAUCGUAUUCUGGACUUGUUGGAAGAGGAGGAGCGGGCCGAACUCGCGAGAGAAGAACAGUUGGAGCUUGACCAAGAACGAGAAGAGCGCGAGCAGCGUCGGAAGAAGCAUGAAGCAGAGUUAGCUGGCUUCAAGGCCAUGAAGGAGAUGCAUAAGCGAAUGGGAAAGGCUUUGGUUGGAAAGGCGAAGGAGGAUAAACCCGCACCGUCGACAUCUAAACCGCAAGUGGAGACAAAACCAACCUCACAAAAGAGCGUCAAAUGGGCGAAUGCUGAGGUAGCUCCACCGGUACAGAAAAACGGUGGCGUUGUGCUUGGUCGUUCGCGGCCCAACACUCAGGACAGCACGCUUCCUAUGCAGGUCAAUGUUGUUGAAAGAUUCCCCAGCCAGCCAUCGCAACAGCCUCCCGAUUCUGACGAAGCAUCCGACCCUCCAGACUCUGACGACGAAUCAAACGAAGAAGGUAGUCUGGCGUCUGACGAUGAAUUGGCCGACGAAGUUGACUUGGAAUUUGCUAACCACCAGCGGGAGGUUGCGCUAGAGUAUCACGCAAAGCGAGCGAAAAUGACCGAGGCAGCAGCCCAAGCCAUGAAAAAAACAUCUGCUGAGACAAUGGAUCCAUAUAUAACGGCAGAGGAUUCUUCAACUCAGCCUGCCCGAAAAUCUGCGCUGUCUCACUUCCAAGCUAAUCGUCUUGCAACGGCAUAUCAUGCAGCCACUCCAGCAACUGCCGAUGUUCUCCCAGAGGUGAAAGCUCGUACCCUUCAACAUGCUAUCCGUCUCGGUAAACUUGACGAUAACGAUCGGUUAGUGGGUGGGGAGGCUGGGGAAAGCGGAAGUGAAGACGAUGAAGCGGUAGCUCAGGAAAUUAUCGAGCUUUUGCAGAAGGGAGAAGUGUUCAAUGCCGGGCCCGACGGGAUCCAUGCUCCAAUAGCACAAUCGGCAAGUGGCCCUCCUGCGGGUCCACCGCCAUCUGCCAGGAAACCACCAGCAUCUAAAUUCAAACUCUCUCGCGGAGGCCACGCUCCUUCACCUGCCCCAACACCCACACCUCCAUCAGAAAUGACGAGAUCCUCUCCAAAACUUGCUAAUACGCCUCCACCGAUUCCAAGCUCUUCGGGCGUGAUGUCGUCCGUUAUCGAGAGGCCUACAACCGGCUUUUCUUCCAUGAUUGUUGAAUCUCCGUCCUUUCCUUCAGGUCCGCAACAACAGAGCGGCCCAACACCGGUCAUGUCGUCGACGGUGCCAGAGAAAACACCGGUGCAAAGCCGACGCCCGCAGCAGCCACCGGCGAUUGUACGUGCUUCUGAUAAACCUGCCAAAGUGUCACGGUUCCUGGCGGGGAGGAACAACUCUGAGAGUACAUAA